UCGCGGCAUCCGAUUCGGGCGUCUUGGGAUCUUGGGUCCUGCUGCCUGCCUCGUGGCGGUGUUCGAUAUUUAGUGUACUUGCAUACAUUCGGGCUAAAAUAACGACUUUGCGGUCGUGGUGAAAAAACAGCAGCUGAGAGUGCGAACAGUUUGUUUCGGGGGAAUCGAAAAGACUCGAUCCCAAAUGCCCUUGUGGGGGACACGGGCACUUUUUGAUGAUUCUUGGCGACGACCAAGACUGGUCAUCGGCUGCUGUUAGAGUGCUAUUGUGGUUUUCUAAAAAAAUAAGAAAAAUCUCUUCAAAUCAACCAAAACGGAGAUAGGAAAAUAUUUGUCAUUCCACCUUCUCGAGCUUCGAGGCCCGAACCAAAACCAGGUGAAGAUUUAUCGCCUCGGCAAGGUGACGUGAAGAACGUUAUCAUCAUCCCGCUCCAUUUUGUGGGCGGUCAGUGGGGGGAAAAUCUCGUGAGAUUUUCUCAUUUGGUGCUGCUGCACGUUGUGUAGGAGGAUGUUUGGGGUUUGACUGGGGAAAAGCGCCACGUGGCCUGGAGCAGUGAGGGGUAUUUAUUUUCUCGAUUGAUUGUAUUCAUUGCCCCGCAGGCAGUAGGUAUAGUGUGAAGCUGGGAAGCAGAGAAGCAAAAAAAAAAGUGCAGCGAGUGUUGUUGUGGUUCGAUAUAUAUUUAUUUAUGGGUCAGCUCGUGGCGACCCUCGACUAAGGAAGCAAGAAAGGAAGGAUUUUCGAGGGUUCAAUCAAAAUACAUCAUUGCCUACGUAUGUGCCUGGCAACAUCCAGGCAACAACCGGGACAAAUUGAUUGAGCUGGGAUGUCCAGAUGGUGAAUUGAAAUCUGUUUUGGGAUUUUUACGAGCUUAGAUUGCACUUCAUUCGAGAAAUUGAAUGCAGUGACCGCCCAUAUGUAUGCGUUGAAGUUCACUUCACACCUCCGGGCUAGAUCUUUCUAGUGGUCGCCAGACAGACAGACAGACAAACCAUUAGGGGCAACCGCCAUUAGAAGCCGGCGCACCCAAAAGCUGGCCAGGGAAGAAAACAGAAGUAGCUAUGUAUGGACUGCUGCUAGAGAAUCUUUCGGAGUACGUGAAAAGUGUUUACGGCGAGGAAACUUGGGAUGACAUCCGGCGACAGGCGGGCAUCGCGUCGCCAUCUUUCAGCGUCCACGAUGACUACGACGAGAAUCUGCUCAACGUGCUGGCGACGAAGGCGCAAGAAGUGCUCGGAGUGUCCGAACGUGACUUCAUGGAUCAGAUGGGAGUUUACUUUGUGAAUUUCGUGAGCCAGUACGGGUACGAUCGGGUCCUGUCGGUGUUGGGUCGCCACAUGCGUGACUUUCUGAAUGGGCUCGAUAAUUUGCACGAGUAUCUCAAGUUCUCGUACCCGUUGAUGCGUGCCCCGAGCUUUAUCUGCGAGAAUGAAACCCGCCACGGCCUAACGCUGCACUACCGGACCAAACGCAAGGGCUUCGUCUACUACACAAUGGGACAAAUUAGAGAGGUAGAACCUGAUGAUGAUGGCAAGUUCGAUCGAUGGGCAGCCGGCUGA